AUGUCUGAAAUUCCUGUUCGACCGCCUGCACCGCCGCCACCGCUUCCUCCAGGUUGGACAGAACACAAGGCGCCGUCUGGACAUUCUUACUAUUACAACAAGGAAACUAAGAAGUCGACAUAUACGCGGCCCGUAGCGGAGGCACAAUCAUUCUACCAACCAACGCCCCCCGUUGCACCUGCUGCGCCCACUCCCUAUGCCGCGGCGCAAAAGUACGACACUGGAUACGACACGCAGUCGACGCAACCAACCACCCAGCCCCAAUCAUCGCUCAACGAUUUCAUAUUCGCAAGCGCGCCGAAACAGUUUCCCUGGCAUGGCGGAGGGCAACAAUCAAGAGGCGGACAUCAUGGCGGAAUGCGUGGUGGACACAACAACUUCAACGACCGACGAAGAGAACGUGACGACCGGCCUAAGCAUCGCCAGGAUAUCCCCAAUUGUGCGCCAUGGGUACUAGUGAGGACCAAGUUUGGACGGCGUUUUGUGUGGAACAAGGAGACGAAUGAGAGCUUUUGGAAGUUCCCGCCCAAUGUCAUGUCUGCUGUGAUUGAGUUUGAUCGCAAGGAGCGCGAGCGCAAGGAACGCCGGGAGCGGGGCGAGCCGAGCGACGUUGAGGAUGAGCAAGAUGCUGCUGCUAUGGCGGAGAUUGAAGCGGAACUAGCGGCUGCUGAAGAGGAGGUUGAGAUUGUGGAAGUGGAUGGUGACGAAGAUAUGGAGAACGAUGAGGAAUAUGAAGAGGUUGAGGUUACAGAUGACGAAGGCGAUUCGGGCAAUGCAUCGAAACGACAGCGCACUGAAGAGCCGGCGGGAGACGAACCACCUGAAAUGGGUGAAGACGAUCUCGCCUGGCAAUUGGCGCAAAUGGAAGAAAUGGAGAUGGACCAGGGUUACGAUGAUCAGUAUGAUGACGAGGAACCUGCUUUGUCUGAGGAAGACUGCAAAGCACUGUUCAGAGAGUUGUUGGAUGAUACGGGCACAAGUCCUUUUACUCCCUGGGACAAGGUCCUCGACGAUGGCGCACUCUAUGAUGAUGAACGCUACAAGGCUCUACCAAACAUGGCCGCGCGCAAGGAGUGCUUCAACGAGUGGUCUCGAGACAAGGCGCAGAUCCUCAAGGAAGAAAAAGCCAAGCAAGCCAAACGCGACCCUCGAAUACCAUACCUCGCCCUCCUCGACCGCCACGCAACCCCAAAACUUUACUGGCCCGAAUUCCGCAGAAAAUUCAAAAAAGAGCCCGAAAUCAAAGACGCCAAACUUCCCGACAAGGAAAAAGAGAAACUCUACCGCGACCACAUCAAGCGCCUGGCCAUGAGAUCCUCGGAUCUCAAAACCGAUCUCACAGCCCUCCUCCGCGCACAGCCUCUUGCUCUACUAAACAAAUCAACAACCCUCGAUACCUUACCCUCACCCGUCCUCGGCGAUCUCCGCUUCAUAUCCCUCCCACCAGCAACGCGCGAACCCUUGAUCAAAACAUACAUCUCCACCUUACCCCCCGCGCCCGAGGGCGCUACCUACUCCGCCGAAGAAGAAGCCUCGCGCGCCAAGAAGAUUGCGGAGCGAGAGCGCAGAGAGAAGGCGCUGGCGGACCGGGAGCGUAGGGUUAGAGAGGAGAAGAGGAGACAAGAACGCGAUUUGGCAUAUGGCAAAGGGAGGCUGAGGGAGGAGGAAGAGGAGAUUAGGCGGGCGUUGGAUGUUGGGAAGGGGGGGUUGAAGGAGAGGUUGAGGGAGGAGGUGGCCGAAGGGGAAUAA